AUGCGCGCUGCCUACCUUUUCAGCCUUCUCGCCGUCCUCGGCACCGCCGUCGCAAGCCCCCUCCCUGUCUCGGUUGAUGACACCGGCGUCUCGGUCCCCAGCGUCCCCAGCGUCCCCAGCGUUCCCAGCGUCGGCGCUCCCUCCCUCGGCACCGACGUCGACGGUCUCCUCACCACUGUCGAGGGCCUCCUCGCUGCCCUCCAGGGUGGCACUCCCAUCAAGCGCGACGCUCCCAGCCUCGGUGUCGAUGUCGACGGCCUCCUCACCACCGUUGAGGCUCUCCUGGCUGCCCUCCAAGGUGGUACUCCCAUCAAGCGCGACGCUCCCAGCCUCGGCGUCGAUGUAGACGGCCUCCUCACCACCGUUGAGGCUCUCCUGGCUGCCCUCCAGGGUGGGACUCCCAUCAAGCGUGACGCUCCCAGCCUUGGCGUGGACGUCGACGGCCUUAUCACUACGCUCCAGGCCGCUGUCAACGCUCUCCACGGCGGUAACCCCAUCAAGCGUGAUGCUCCCAGCCUCGGCGUGGACGUCGACGGCCUUAUCACUACGCUCCAGGCCGCUGUCAACGCUCUCCACGGCGGUACUCCCAUCAAGCGCGACGCUCCCAGCCUCGGCGUCGAUGUAGACGGCCUCCUCACCACCGUUGAGGCUCUCCUGGCUGCCCUCCAGGGUGGGACUCCCAUCAAGCGUGACGCUCCCAGCCUUGGCGUGGACGUCGACGGCCUUAUCACUACGCUCCAGGCCGCUGUCAACGCUCUCCACGGCGGUAACCCUAUCAAGCGCGACGCUCCCAGCCUCGGCAACGACGUUGACGGUCUCCUUACCACUGUCGAGGCCCUUCUCGCUGCGCUCCAGGGCGGUACUCCCAUUAAGCGCAACGCACCCAGCCUCGGCAACGACGUCGACGGGCUGGUGACUACCCUUCAGGCCCUUGUCAACGCCCUCCACGGCGGCAACCCCAUCUAA